AUGCCUCCUGAAAAAGCAACCACUCGCUCUUCCUACUGGCUGGAGCGCUGGGGCUCCUGCUCCUGGUGGUCCGACCCACUUUUCUUGACGAUACCCUUCCCAAUCAGAGCCAUUACCAUAGAACCCAAAGAAAGUCGAGGCUACGCAAUGAGAGCUCGUGUCUGUCUCAUCGAGAAGGGCCAGACUCACACUCCAGUGGAAUUCGAAUUCUCCAUGUGGGAUGGUAAACUGCGUUUCGAGUUGAAAGAUCUCGGGCAAGUGAACCUCAAGCCGGGAUCAUUUCAACGUAUCUCGCUCGAGUUUGACUUCAACGGGAAUUCAAGUAAACCACGAGUCGCUCUUACGGGAGAUAAGCCUAUAUCCAAGACCUUGGCGAGUAGUAGGCUCCUUCUGAAUGAAGAUGAUCCUGUUCAGGGACUUCUCGGUAAUGACAAUGAGUUGUCGGUCACGGUUCGAGAAUCUGUCGUUCGCUUCAAAGGGAUCGAAAUUCCUCAUAGCCAUUUCGAUUUGAUGAGAAUUAUCUUCGCCAUGGGUUGGGAGAUGGGCCUGAAGGCGGGCUUGGAGACAGUCAGAUAA